AUGAAGAGGCGGAGGCGCUGGCCCCUGGCGGCCCUGGCCCUGGCCGCUGGGGGAAGAGCCUCUAGCGUUGCAGGGGGGGCCGCGCUGGAGCCGCCUGAGGAGAGGGUGGUGUACAUGCGCCGGCACAAGCCCCCCGAGGCCCACCUCCAGACGCGCCCGCCAGCUGCCAGGCGGAGGCGCCACGGACCCUGGACGGUGGCGGUCGGCCACAGGAAGGUGACGCCCCCGCCUCCGCCGUCCCGCGAGGAUAGCAGCCCCCGCAAGCCCGCGGCCUCCGGUCCCUACUCCGGGGUCCGCACCCUGGAGGAGAGUGGAAGGGCGGCCACCCCGACGUUGACCACCUUCCCCACCAUUCGCGUAGCGGGCGACGUGUGGGUCCAGAGCAGCCUGCCAGAAGCGCGGCGCCAGGCGCGCCAAGUCCUGGGAGUGAACCUGGAACCCGUGGUGAGACUCCGCCGCUUCCCAGUGCCUGGGCGUGAGAUGCGGGCCACCGCCGCGCGACCUCUCAGCCCCAGGACGGGUUGUGCCUGGAGGGAUGAACCACGGAUAGCCGGGACCGCGUCCCCUAGUGCACUUUACAGGAGAAGAAGCACCAGACGGUCCCGGCCCGCGCCCCCGGGAUGCGGCGCCGCCUUCUGGGACUCCGGGGCAGAUGUGCCCUCUGCUGCCUCCCAGCACCAGGUCUGCGGAGGGAGGAGACCCCUGGACCGCAAGGGAGGUCCCCUUUCUUCCUAACCCCAGAUUGAGAUGUCUCCAGGACUGUAGGGGAAGAUCCAUGUUCUCUCUUGUUCUCUCAUUGGUCUGAAGUCGUCAGAAGAAGCCAU